AUUAUUAUCUCUUGAAUGACAAAUAAAAAAGCCUAUCUAGAGCCAAAUCUAUCUAGAUAUUACUCUACUUACCUGGAUUGAAAGAAAAAAUUCCCUUUAAAAUAGCAACAGCUAAUGUGAUUAUUGGAUUUAAAGUGGAAUCCUACCAAAUAGAGCUAGAGCUAUUCUUUCAAAGAGAAGAGAUCAAACUGUUCAAAUUAUCAUAUUCAUAAACAGUCAUCCGAAUUUCAAUAAAAUAAAACAAGCUCAUAGGGUCGUACAUGUAAAAGUGCAAUGAUUUGGCAAUUCUUAGAUAACAGGCGAUUAUUGAGAUAAGAUGGAUAGUCAGUUGUGAUUCAAGCAUAUUUUAUAAGAGAUAAAACUCAGUCUUCAACAAACACGUUCCUCCGGAGUAAUGGCUGGAAAUGAAUGAAGGUCUUGUGGUUGAGUAACCUACAAAAAAUAUUUAUUUUUACAACGUAUCAAAUUAGAAUGUACAAUGAUGAGACGAGUUACCAAAAUAUUGCUUACGUUUGUGAUAGUGCUGAAAAUUUCUGCUGCGCAGGAAACUUAUGAACAAGGAAACUUCUACAGCAACAAUUAUCAACAAUCAGAAGACUAUGAGCCACAAGAGACCUACGAUGACUUGGAUGAACAAGAGGACUACGAAGACUACGACGAGGAAGCUGCUUAUGCAAGGCCUGAUCGAGAUGUAACACAAAAUAAUGACUUCCUUCGCUUCAACAAGAACCAUAUAUUCAACAUUGGAGACAAUGGACAAUCACAAGUGACAGGUUCUGGUGCCUUCUCAAUACCCGCUGUGAACUACAAUAAGAAUUUCAAUUGGAAUGUGAAUGGAGGUAGUAAUAGCUUCAAUGGUGGCAGCUCAACAGCUCAAUCAUCUACAAUUUCCAUUGCGGAUGGGAGUCAAGCGUCUACAACUCCUUCUGUGGAUGGCAGUAGUAAUAAUGCUGCUUCAAGUACAGUAGGAGGUGGAAUCUCAUUUGGUAGCUCGAAAAAUUUCCCAAACUCUUUCAAUAACUCUGGUUUCAAUUUUGGCAUCAAUUUCAAUAGCGGCUCCAAGCAACAAGGCAACAUCGGAAAUAAUGUCAAUUUAACAAGUAUCCUCACCCCCUUAACCAAUCUGAAAAGUAAUAUCAUUACUAAUGCUGGUGACAAAUUCAAUAAUCUAUUCCUUACAGCUGAUGGCAAAAUUGUAAAGGUAGUUGAAGUAGCUAAUAAUUUGAGACAGAAUGUUGAAAACUUGGUUCCAACAAAGGCUCAGGUUCUACAAAGAAUUCAGGACAGUAUUUCACAGAAUAGUCAGAAUAUAACCAGUGGAGCAUCUUUAGGGAAAGCAAACAACUUCCAAGGUCUUUUUGGAGGGAAAGUAAACUCUGCUAAUAUCAAUUUUGGAAUCUCUAAAAAUAUCGAUGUGACAGAUAUUGUUAAUGGGCAAUUGAAUUUUGUUAACAAUGUAGUCAAUGGUGCUACUGGAAAAGUUGCAAAUGUCACUGGAGGAUUGAUACAGAAAGCAGGUACAUUUGCAAAUGCAAAAUCAGAUGCUAUACGUGGAACAGUCAAUGGUUUCACUGAUAAAGUGGGAAGCAUUGGGGGAGGAAUACUGAACGCUACUGGUGCGAUUGUGAAUGCUAAAACGAAUGCAAUUCGCGGUACUGUGAACGGAGUUGUGGGAAAAGUGGGGAAUAUCAAGACAGGCUUGUUAGAUACAGCUGGAGCCAUUGCUAAUGCGAAGGCAAAUGCUGUACGUGGAACAGUGAACAGUGUUGCUGGAAACAUCAGAGAUGGUUUGAUACAGAAAGCUGGUGCAGUUGCAACAGCUAAGACAAAUGCAAUUCGUGGCACUGUGGAUGCUGUCACUGGAACAGUUGGUAACAUCACUGAAGGUCUAUUAACCACAGCUGGAGCAAUUGCAAAUGCCAAGAAUAAUGCUAUACGUGGAGCAUUGAAUGGUGUCACUGAUAAAAUUGACAACCUCAACAGAUUAUUACUGAAUAAGGCUGGGAUUAUAAUAGAUGCUAAAACAGGUGCCAUACUUGGAAUUGUGAAUAGAACAAGUGAAAACAUAUUGAAUCUCAAAGGAGGCCUACUGCAAACUGCUGGUUCAAUUUCAAAUGCCAAAUCAAGUGCUAUAUCAGGUUCUGUAAACAAUGCGAUUGGUAAUAUUGGGAAUUUCAAGAGUGGGAUCCUCCAAACAGCUGGUGCAAUUGCAAAUGCUAAAUCAGGAGCUAUCUCAGGAUCUUCCAACAAUGCAUUUGAUAAUUUUGGAAACAUCAACAGUGGAUUCUUGCAAAAUUCUGGAUCAGGGACUCAAUCGAGUGCAGUGAACAAUGCAGUUAUAAAUAAUAUUUCAAACAUCAAGAAUGGAUUUCUCCAAAAAGCUGAAUCAUUGACAGGUACAAAUUCAGGAAGUGCAUCUGGCUCCCUAGGUGCAAGUGGUAGUUUCAAUGUUGGAGGAGUGGAAGGCUCUGGUUCAUUAGGACUUACAAAAAGAGGUGCAUUGAUCAAAGCAUUUAGUCCUUUAGGAAUUGGUAAGAAAAUUGUGAAAGGUGGCGCUAUCAAGGCUGGUGCAGUGGCUGGAGCCUUGGGUGGAAUCAAAAGUGGAGCCCUCAAUAUUACUGAUAGAAUAGUAAACCCAGGAAAGUACUAUGGCAUUGGUGCCAUCAAACGUAAAGUAGUCAAUAAUAUUUUGGAUGAUGUCCAAGAAGAACUCCAAACUAAGAUUGGAAAUGUUGUAGGAACAAUCAGUGAGGUAGGACAAGGUGUGAAGAAUCACAUUACUGAUCUAUCCAUAAUUGAUAAUCAUGGUGAUAAAAAUGUUUUGAGGAUUGUGAAUGGUUUGUAUGACACACAGUUCUAUUUGAACGAUCUCCCAGUGGAACAGGCAUAUGUUAUAUUCUGUGAUGAGAGUCAGCCAGUGAAUUUCUUCGGAGAAACGCUCGAUACGCAACAGAGAAUCAUCGAGGAGUGCAUACCCUCAGGACAAGUGUACAUUGCUUACAAGCCUGACUGUGUCAAUGUAGAAGAGGAUGAAAGAUGUAGCGAAGGCUUUAUCACCGCUCAAAAUGAUGUGAAAAAUCAAUUGAAUGUCAUCGUUGAUAGAUUGUUUGAUAAAUAUGGUGACCAAAUCGUUAGAAAAGCUGUAUCUUUGACGAAUGGACGUUUGUAAUAGACAAUUUGAAUUCUUGACAUGACAGUGUUCUUCAACUAAUAGAAUAGUGCUCGUCAGAAAAAAUAAGCAUAAUAUGAGAGGAUUUGAAAAAAUACUCCCAACUUCCCAACUGAUCAAAAAAUCUAUCUUUUUAUACAUUGUAUUUAUGUAAAGUAGAUAUUAUAAUAUUUUGUAAAUAAAUUGAAACAUUCCAUUCUAUAAUAAUUAUUGAUCUAAAAGAUAUUCAGAUUAUCCAACUUUGUUAAAAAAAUCAAGUGAUCAGUCUAGUCAAUUCUAAUGAUUCGAAAUCAGAGGAUUUCACCAUUUCCAAUAUCAACGUUUCAACUACAUGAAAACUGAUAGAACUAUUAUUGUAUUAAUUCCAUGAGACCCACAUUCUUAUCAUCAUCACAUUUUAUGCAAAAUACGGUACAUAAUGUAGAUUCAAAAAUACUCCAAUAGGUUCAAUUUUGUAAAAGAAAGGACUUGUUGAAACAAAUUUUCAAUCAAAUUGGAAGGAGAUGACGAUACUCUAACGUCUUGUAAAUAAAAUUGGAGAAUACAGAGAUCUAGAAGAGCUUCUUUAUAAGGAAUAAAGCUUCUGAUCUAACUGAGAAUAAUGCUAUUGUAGUGAGAACUAAUAAUAAAUAACUAUUUUUUACUGAUAAGUGUGCAUAUUCUUUUCUCAAUCCUAUAUCACUGUUCAAAACGUGACGUUCUAUUGAAGUGAAUUAUCUUCAAUUAUUUGAGAACUUGAAGACAAAGAAAGAAUAACCUGAAACUUUAGUUUCUAAUUCUAUUAAUUUUUCUCUAAAAGAUAGCUGGGAGUGUUGUACUGGUUAAACAGGAGUACCUACAAAAAUACGCCUUCACGUUGUAUUGUUGACUUUCUGAUGUGCGAGGGAGAAAGGUAUGAAAUGGAUUACUACUUGUUCUUCACAAAGCUACUGGGCUACACCUUGCUCUACUACAUCACUGUGGUUACCUUCGCAACAGCUACAAGCUUUUCACGAAAUAUGAUGACAUCUCUAGACGCUUUGUGUUCAAUUUACAAUGGGAGAAAGAGCUGUUUGAGACACUCCAUGAGAAAACACUUGACUGAAAUGCCUUGCAUGAAUGAGGGGCUGAGAUUUAGAUACAGAAUAGUUAAUUUAUAAAAUUGGUUGGAAUAUAAUUUCGUGGAAACUAAUGUUGUUCAGGAAAUUCCAGGUAUAAUUUAGGUAGCCUACAGGCUAAUCGGAAUGACAUGAAACUCUUUGAUGAUGACAUUUAAGUUACUGUUAUAGUAGUAUAAGGAGACUUCAAUGUGAUUGAUAAGUUAUAAGGAAGCUUCAAGGUUUAUCAACAAAAAUGUGUUUAGCUUAUGAUUUGAAAAGAUAAAUCAGUAUGUUACACUGUAUUAGUGAUUAGUGUUGUAAGUUCUGCAGGCCUGAAGGCUCUUAAAACAUUUUAUAAGAUGAAUACAACAGAAUGAAUAAAAUGGAUCAGUAUGUUACACUAUGUUAGUGUUGUAAUAGUUCUAUUGGCCUGGAUUGUUCAUUUAUGUAUCAAAUUCCAAGUUCUGUAUAUUGAUACUUACCUGAUACUCAAGGAGUGAAAUAAAAGGUAGCGAAUCGACAUCAAGUAGGCAAAACAUCACUAAUAAAGUUAUCAAUAUUAUAGUUCUAAUAAUUCUAUCACUGCAUCUUGAAUUUGGUUAUUCUGUUAUAACUUACGACCUAAGCUUUCCUGAGGAUUAUGCAUUCAGAUUUUCAGAAUGACAUCAUUUAGUAUUCUUUACACUACUUUUUGUAAUUUGUUAUUCAUGAUUUAUUUAAUAAACACUAUUUUUAAUAUA